AUGGCUCAGAAAGGAGUUCAGCUGGACACAGAAACCUUCUCCUGCUCCAUCUGCCUGGAUGUCCUGAAGGACCCGGUGACUAUUCCCUGUGGACACAGCUACUGCAUGAGCUGCAUCAAAGCCCACUUUGAUGGAGAGGAUCAGAAGAGAGUUCACAGCUGCCCACAAUGCAGAAAACACUUCACACCGAGGCCUGUCCUGGAGAAAAGCACCAUGUUAGCAGCUUUAGUGGAGCAGCUGAAGAAGACUGGACUCCAAGCUGCGCCUGCUGACCACUGCUAUGCUGGACCUGAAGAUGUGGCCUGUGAUGUCUGCUCUGGGAGACAACUGAGAGCCAGAAAGUCCUGUUUGAGCUGUGUGGCCUCUUACUGUGAGGAACACCUUCAUCCUCAUUAUGAUUCACCUACAUUUAAGAAACACAAGCUGGUGGAGCCCUCCAAGAAGCUCCAGGAGAACAUCUGCUCUGUCCAUGAUGAGGUGAAGAAGCUGUUCUGCCGCACUGAUCAGAAGUCCAUCUGUUCUCUCUGCUCUGUGGAGGAGCAUAAAGGCCACCACACAGUGUCAGCGGCAGCAGAAAGGACUGAGAGGCAGAGAGAGCUGGAGGGGAGGCGGCAACAAAUCCAGCAGAGAAUCCAGGACACACAGAAAGAUGUGGAUCUGCUCCAGCAGGAGGUGGAGGCCAUCGAUCAGUCUGCUGACAAAACAUUGAAGGACAGUAAGAAGAUGUUCACUCAGCUGAUCCACUUCAUCCUGAAAAAACACUCUGUUGUGGAGCAGCAGGUCAGAUCCCAGCAGCAAACUGCAGUGAGGGGAGUCAAAGAGCUUCAGCAGGAGCUGCAGCAGGAGAUCACUGAGCUGCAGAGGAAAGACGCUGAGCUGCAGCAGCUCUCACACACAGAGGACCACAUCCAGUUUCUGACCAGCUGUCCCUCACUGCCAGCACUCGGGGAGUCCACACACUCCUCCAGCAUCAGGGAGCGUCCUCUGAGCUGCUUUGAGGAUGUGACAGCAGCCGUGUCAGAGCUCAAAGACAAACUGCAGCACAUCCUGACUCAGGACUGGACUAAACCGCUGAGGCCCUGCCUGAGCGCCGCCGCCGAGCAGAACGUGCCCCCCCCAUCCGGCGGCCAGAAGAAGCGUGUUGUGUUCGCUGACAGUCGGGGUUUGGCGCUGACGGCCAUCCACCUGUUCUCCCCCGGUGAGGACGAGCCGGGCCGGUUGGCCCCGCCCCCUUUGGCCCCGCCCCCCCGGGAGGAGGCGGAGCCUCUGCAGUUCGAGCUGGAGGCGGCGGAUCUAAGAUGGCAGCCGGAGGAGGUUUGGGGCUGCAGGAGUCCUGAUCUGAAUCCGAAGGAGCUGGACUCUAAGGGACCGGCGGGGGGCCGAGCCCUGACCCAGAUUCUGACCAGGUCUUUGUCCCGGAGGACGGAGCAGAUUCCCCUCAUUCGAUCCCCCGAAGGCCAGCACACAAAAACUGACUUAUUAGUGUAA